CUCUUCUCUCUCUUUGUCUACGAAGAUAUUAAAAAAUCAGAAGAGAUAUCUCUGAAAAAUCGAUUGAAAGCUAACAUGAUUAAAAAAGAGUUGCAGAGAGUGGAAUCUUCUGGUAAAGCUUUUGCAUCCGCAGAACCAAAAGGCAAAUCAAAGAAGAAGAAGAUGCUCAAAUUCGAUGAACCACAGUGCACAAACCCAUCAUGUUUCUUUUGCAGCAUGAAAGAGACCAACCCUUUCCGUCGAAGAUCCAAACUCACCGCAAUUUUCAAGGAGAUUCCUCGUACGGAGUCAAAAGACCAUGUCUUGGUCUUGAGUGGUCUGUGGAACAUAGCCAUGUCCGAGCCUGACGAUCCUGAGUUCCCAUCACUAGGUUUGUUCGAGUGUAUGUCAAAACUCAUACAUAAAUCAAUCAAAAACAGUGCUUGGCUCCUCAAAGACCAGAACAUAUUCAUUCCUUACUACGCAGCUCAUAUCAUCGGAUCAUAUGUUAUGAACAAAGAAGAUUUGGCUGCAAGAGCGGUUUAUUCAAAGGCUUUUGUUGUUCCUGCUUUGUUGGAGCUUUUGAGAGGGAACAUCAGUUGGGUUGAGCAGCGAGCCGCGGCUCGAGCACUUGGUCACUUAGCUAGUCAUGAGAAGAGCUUUGAAGUGGUUUCUUUGUUUGAAGAAGAAACCGUUAAGCUUUCUAUGGAGAUUGCUACUAGUUAUUUGGUUGAUAUGAUAAAGUAUUGGUUCUUGUUGUUCUGAGCUGCCCGCAUGAGUCAUGUCUAAUAGCAUUUGCUUGGUUUGGUUUACGGUAGAGUUGACAGAGAUUAGCUGCUUUCAGUAUGGAUUAGAUGUGAAUUGCUGCUGUUUUCAGUAUGGAUUAGAUGUGAAUUGCUGCUACUUUGUUUUUUAUAUGUUCAUCUGUUUAAAUAAAGAGUUCAUGAGGAAAUUCUCUUUUUUGA